UCCCACUGAUAUCACGAGGCCGUCCUUGCCACCUGACGAAACGGCUACACAUCGAGGUCCAGCAAAAUGUGCGGCCGUGUAGCAUGCAUUCUGAGUCCCCUAGGCGUACAGUGCGCGUGCAUCCACAGAGAUUCCUCUGGAGCGGUCGUUAGUCCAGACUGGAUUGAGAUCAACGAAGGAGGGGUCUAUAAGCCGUCCUACAACAUCAAACCUAAGACCAGCUUCAACCCAGUAUUGCUGAGUAGUGCACACUUUUCUGCUACUGACCUAACCGAACGCGUCAUAUGUCCUCUCCGCUGGGGUCUCGUGCCCUCCUGGUACAACAAGGACCCACAGAACUUCUUCGCCAACACAGCUAACUGCCGUGUCGAAGAGUGCCAUCUCAAAAGAAGCUUUCGUCCGGCCGUGGCCCGGAACCAGCGUUGCGUGGUGCUCGCCGAAGGGUUCUACGAGUGGACUCAUGAGAGAAAUGGUACUAGUCAGCCGUAUUUCAUCUACUUCGACCAGCCAAGAAAUAUAGACAUGUUCGAUCGCUUCUGGGACGACACCAAUGAUCCGACGUCCCUAAUUAAAAAUAAUAAGUGGAGGGGACCGCGACUGCUCACCAUGGCUGGCCUCUUCGAUGUCUCUUCAUUUCAGGAGGAUCUGUUCAGCUACACCAUCCUCACCAUGCAACCACCAGAUUAUUUCCUCUUUAUUCAUAACAGAAUGCCUGUGAUCUUGGACGGCGAUGAUGCCGUGUCCCAAUGGCUGGAUCCAGAAAUUUCUUUCAAGGAGGCAACGGAGGAUCUGACAUGUCCCUCCAGUCUCAGCUGCCACCCGGUCUCGCCUUCCGUGGGAAGGGUUACGAACGACAACAUUGAAUGUGUUCUGCCGACAGGGACGCCGCAACACGUCGCCGAAGAACAUGAAACGCAAGAAGACCAACAGUUACCAGUGCGCCGCUCAUCCAAACGAAGAAGAUCAAGAAGGUCAAGGACCCCUGUGAGAAACUCGUCGCGAAGACAACUUUCUCGUUCACCUAAAAGUGAAAAAAGGGUCACGCCAAGAAGGUCGAGAACUGCGACCAGAAGUUCUUCUGGAAGGCGCUCCCGCCGUUCACCGAAAUCUAAAAGAUCGCGGACAAGGGCCCCAGUUAGGUCCCCUCGAAGCCGCUCCUCGUCUAGCGGGAGUCGCUCUAGAUCCGGAAGGAAGUCUCUUCGGGCGCCGCGACGUUCGAGGUCGAACUGUUAGCUCGAGUUCUGGUUGCAGAUUGAAAGUCUCACCCAAUGAAUAUAUGAUUAGUGUUUUAGACCAUGACCGUGACCUGUGCUGGACAUAGAUCACGGCUUGUGACAUGAGGCGCCUUAAGGGGAAGUAAAAUUAUGCAGAUGCUGGUGA